AAUUAAUAAAAAGGGUCCUGAAAGACUUCCUAUUUUUCUGUGUAUUUCUAGGGUUUCUCUCUCUCUCUCUCUUAGGGUUUCACAGACAAUUUUCGAAUCAAAAUCCGAACCUCUUUCUGAAAUUUUUUUUUUUAAUUCCUUGCUAAUUUAUCAAGUUACCAAUAGGAAUUUGGAUUUUUUUUUUUUUUUUCCCUUCUCUAUUUCGAAUCCUAUUAGGGUUUUGACUCGUCCUUAAUUCAGAAUCGUAAAGUUAGGGAUUUUUUUUGGUGCUUUCUUAUUCCCAAAUAGUGGAAAUUCGUAGUUGAUUUUGGUAGGAUUCUAUUUAUUGUGAAACAAGAAUGCCUCCAAGAACGGCGAAAAGAGGGGCUGCAUCGGCGGGGACGAGGAGGACACCUAGAGCCACUAGAGGGGCCGCAAAGUCACAGAAUCAGCAGCCGCCGGAGACUCACGAAGAGCCCGUCAAGGGUGAGGAGGUCUCUGUGCCGGUCGUCGAAGCGAAGGAAGAAGUCAAGAUUGAACAGAAGCCAAUCUUCGAGGAAAAGCCGGUUGUUGUUGUUGCUGAGGAACGACCUGUCGUUGAGAAGAUGACCGUCACUGUGGAUCAUCAGCAGGCUUCGUACCACAAAGAAGAAGCCAAAUCAGACCCGAACGGUUUGAAAAAAGAAGACAAAAUGAAAGAGUCUGUUGAUGAGUAUGAAAAAGAUGAACGGUUAGACUUGGAGGAUAAUGAACCUGAAUAUGAAGUUGAAGAAUAUAGUGGGGUUGAUUAUGAUGACAAAGAAAUUGACCAAGAUGAGGACCAUGAGAUUGUAGAUGAGGGUGAUGAACAUGAGGAUAAUGUAGGUGAAGAAGAUGAGGGGGAUAUGGCUGAGGAGGAACUGGAAGAUGUCCAUGAAGAACUAGAGGGAGAAGAAUAUGAGGAGCAUGUUGUUGAAGAACGGGAGCAUGUGGAAACAGUUGAUGGCGAGGAAGAUGACCAUCAUGAACUUGUCAAGGAGAGGCGCAAACGUAAGGAAUUUGAAGUAUUUGUUGGUGGUCUAGACAAGGAUGCAACUGAGGAUGAUCUUAGGAAAGUUUUCGCUGCUGUUGGCGAAGUUACUGAAGUCAGAUUGAUGAUGAAUCCUCAAACCAAGAAAAAUAAGGGUUUUGCAUUUUUACGUUUUGCAAAAGUUGAACAAGCUAAACGAGCUGUUACUGAGCUAAAAAAUCCAGUGAUUAAUGGAAAACAAUGCGGUGUUACUCCAAGUCAGGACAGUGACACCCUUUUUCUGGGUAACAUAAGCAAGACAUGGAAAAAGGAAGCUUUGAAAGAGAGAUUGAAGUAUUAUGGAGUGGAUAAUGUCGAGGAUUUGACAUUAGUAGAAGAUAGCAAUAAUGAAGGAAUGAAUCGAGGGUUUGCUUUUUUGGAGUUUUCAUCUCGCUCAGAUGCCAUGGAUGCUUUUAAGCGUCUUCAAAAGAGAGAUGUUGUGUUUGGUGUUGACAGGCCUGCAAAGGUUUCAUUUGCUGAUUCCUUCAUUGACCCUGGUGAUGAAAUUAUGGCACAGGUUAAAACUGUAUUUGUGGAUGGCCUGCCUGCUUCAUGGGAUGAGGAUCGUGUCAAGGACAUUCUAAAGAAAUAUGGCGAGAUUGAAAAAAUUGAACUUGCUAGGAACAUGCCAUCGGCUAAGAGAAAAGAUUUUGGUUUUAUUACCUUUGACAGUCAUGAUGCUGCGGUGACCUGUGCCAAGAGCAUUAACAAUGCAGAGUUAGGUGAAGGAGACCACAAGGCUAAAGUUAGGGCUAGAUUGUCAAGACCACUUCAAAGAGGUAAAGGAAAACAUGUUGGUCGUGGAGAUUUUCGAUCUGUGCAUGGGGCUGCCAGAGCGGUAAGGGGCUCCUGGGGUCGUCCAGCACCACCACGUAGUCUCCCUAUGCGUGGGGUAAGAGGAGUUGGAAGUCGUUUGCCUCCACCUAGUAUGAAGAGGCCUGUUGGAUUGAGAGAUAGGCGACCUGUGAUGUCAAUGCCUUCUAGAGGCAGGCCUUUGGCCCCUCCUCCUAGGUCGUAUGACAGGAGGGCACCUGUUCCAUCAUACACAAAGAGUAGCUUGAAAAGGGAAUACAGUCGGCGUGAUGAGCUUCCUCCUCCAAGAAGCAGAGUUCCUGCAGAUUAUGGUUCCAGGCUUGUCCCAGAAAGACGCACAUCAUAUAGAGAUGACUACUCUUCCCGUGGUCCUGGCUAUUCUGAUUUACCUAGAACUACGUCUCGUACAGCCACUAGAAGAGCUUAUGUAGAUGAUGCGUAUGGUCAAAGGUUUGAACGACCACCUCCUCCUCCUCCUAGUUACCGUGAAGGACGUGCACGUGAUUAUGAUUCUAUUUCUGGCUCAAAACGCCCAUACUCUUCUCUGGAUGAUGUUCCCCCACGUUAUGCUGAUGCAAGCAUACGCCAAUCGAGGCCACGCCUGGAUUAUGAAUAUGGGAGCAGUGCUUCUCAAUAUGGGGAUGCUUACGGUGAUAGGCUUGGGAGACCCAAUUUAGGAUAUAGCAGUAGCAGCAGAACUAGUCAGGAUUCACAUGGGCUUUAUAGCAGUAGCCGUCAAGGCAUGAGUUAUGGAGGAGGUUCCUAUAGUGGUAGUGAUGUCGGUGGAAUGUACUCAUCAAGCUAUGGUGGUGAAUAUAUAUCUCGUGGUUCUGAUGUUGGUGGCAGCUCUUACACAUCUAUGUACUCUAGUCGUGGUGUGGGCGGAAGUGGCUAUGUGGGUAGCGGUGGUUCUGGUUCAUACUACUGAGAUAUGACAUGACAAAGAGGCUGCUGUAGGAUGUGGGCAAUUUGAAGCGUAUGCAUUAUUAUGAUGCCUACAGUUCUGGACAGAGAAUGUUGCCAAGUUUAAUAGCCUCUAUAUGUUCCAAGAAUUUCAAAUAUGGUACAAAAGGGCUGUAUUGGUUCAAGCCCUUUCAGAUCUUUACGAAUGGGGAAUUGUGUCAGGUGAUAAAUAGUGUGCUGUAAAGGGAGCUUGAGCUAUUCAAAGAUGAAACAAAGAAGCGAUAUGUGAUAUGUAUGAAUUUCAUCUUCUAUAUAACUAUCUUCUAUGAGAACCUCGUAAUGGACAAUGUCGAGGUAUGCUACAUGAUCUGUUCUUUUGGACAGACUUUGUUAAGAGAAUGAGGCUUUUCUGUAUAUGAUUAAAGGUAUUCUGGAUGUUUUGUUAUCUUCAAUCCUCUGCGAAGGUGCUGGUUUAUAUUUAGAAGACAUUCUGAUUAUAAUGGACAUUUAGUCAUUUAAGUA